AUGAGAAUAGGUCAAUCUGAAAGUAACCUACUGAAAAAUGAUACUACAAUGUAUCAAUCAAAUCCCAACCUAAAAAAUUCCCGCUAUCGAUCAGAGACUGUCUUAUCAGCGAUUGAUCAACGUCAGCGUAGACAAGCAGCAGCCGCUGCUGCCGACAAUUUAACCAAUCGGUUAUCAUCGCAUUCUAAAUCGACUGGAAUGUUCAAUUCAUUGAAAUCUGUUAAACAACACAAUGAUGCUUUAAAAGAGAAGACGGCCGAUGUACAAGAGGAGGAUAGUGAAGUGGAUAAAUAAUGAUAACGGUAACAAUCAACUACACAAAUAACACACACAACACCUCCUUUUUGUACAUAAUAUACUACUUAUAUACACAAUCAAUCCAUGAAAAUAAAGAAUAAUGAACGAAUCAAGAUAUUAUUUUGAAGACAAUUAUCCAACAAUUUAUCAACGU